AUGCGUAUCUCUUCGCCCCUCCUCCUGAUCCUCGCGGCGAUCACUACCGCCAACGCUGCCGUGGUCCACACCGUCGACGCCAUCGACUCGGUCAACACGGUCGCGCAUCCCAAGCACAAGAUGCUCCGCGUCAAGAACGGCGCGGCUCACGUCAACGCGCUCGACACGGCCAAGGUCAAGCUCAACACGGCCAACCUGGCCAAGCUCGACGACCUCGCUUCUGCGGCUGUUGGCCGCCGCGGUGUCGACGUCGAUGCGCUCGGUGCUGCUCAUGCCGCCGUGAAGACGGUCGACCUCAAGCACGUGGCGGCGAUCGUCCACACGCUGUCGGCCUCGCUCGAGGGCCACACCGCGUCCGCUGACAAGAUCCUCAAGCUCAAGGAUCACAAGCUCGCCGCUGUCAAGAGCAAGAAGCUACUAAACAGUGUCGAGGUCGACCUUGCCCAUGCUGUCUUCGACCUUCAGGGAGUGGGAAAGAGCAAGAGCAAGAGCAAGAGCAAGAAGGCUGCUGUCAGCGCCGGUAUGCGACGCAGGACCGUCGGCGAGAUUGAAGCUUUGGUCGCCUCGGUCAGGAGCGCCAAGGUUUCGGGCACUGCGGGCCUCGUCUCGCUUCUUGGUGGCAUCCAGGUCGACGCUGUGCUCGAGAGCGACGUUGUCUCGGUGCUCGCCGAGGUCGACGUGAUCAAGGCCGUUCACGACGUCGCUAAUGUCGACACUGUUCUCGAUGCCGUCCUCGCCGUUCCCGAGUCUGUGUCGCUGCUCGAGAACCUCCAGCAGCUCGACAGCCCCGUGUCCUUCAUCGGCGCCCUCAUCGACGUCGACAGCCUCACCGCGCUCGUCGCCGCCGUCCCCCAUGGCGUCAAGGAGAUCGUUAAGGUCCAAGGCGCCGCCAAGCUUGUUGACUACAUCGACUCAUAUGGCUACAGCACGGUCGCUCGCAUCUUUGAGACCGUGGGAGUCGAGUCGGUGCUCAAGGCCGUCCUGGCUGUUCCGGGCUCGGUGCAGCUCCUCGAGUCGAUCAAGACGGUCGUGGACGUUCCAGCGUUGGUGUCUGGUCUCCACGUGCUCAACGCGGGGGCCUUUGUCGAGUCGAUCAAGGCCGUUGAUGACGUAGCUGCGCUUACGAACGUUGUGGUCGGCGCUGUUGGCGACACGCUGAGCAAGCGCGCUGAGCUUCUGCAGAGCGUCGACGGCACCCUCUCGGGUGUCAAGUCUGCGGUCGAUGUCAACCAGGUUCUUGACCUGGUCAAGCGAGCUGAUCUCAUCUCGAGCGUCGGCGGGACCGUUGCGGGUGUCGAGUCCGCUGUGGAUCUCGAGCAGGUUCUUGGCCUUGUCAAGCGUGCCGACCUGCUCUCGAGCGUCGACGGCACCGCCGCGGGCACUCUCUCUGGUGUCGAAUCCGCCGUCGACCUCGACCAAGUGCUCGACCUGGUCAAGCGUUCAGACCUACUUCAGAACGUCGGUGGCACCCUCUCUGGUGUCAAAACUGCUGUCGACCUCAGCCAGGUCCUCGAGCUCGUCAAGCGCGCGGACGUCCUCUCCACCGUGCCCGGAUCCGUCUCUGAUGUCUGGUCGACGCUCAACCUCGACCACGCCGCUGGAAGCGUUUCUGGCCUGCAAUCGAAGCUCGGCCCGGAGCAGGUGCUCAAGCUGAAGCGAGCGAUCGCGCACAUCUCUGCGCUUCCGGAGUCGGAGCUCGUGUCGCUCGACCAGGCCGUCAAGCGCGCUCUGAUCGACCAGGUUGAUGUCAGCAACGUUCUGGACAGCGUCGAGGUUGCCAAGAUCGGCUUGCUCAAGCGCUCGGUGCUCGACCUGGCGUCGGUUGUCAACGCUAACGAGGUGGAUGGGCUGGUGGGCGAGGUUGUGAAGCGCAAUGUGGUUGUGGAGAACGAAAACAAGGCCAUCGACUUGGACUGCAUCCUCGCGGCCCUCAAGCGCGACGUCCUCCCGGUCGCCUCGGACAUCUCGACCCUCGACCUCGUCGACGUUCUCCCGGGCGUCAAGCGCGCCAUCGGUCCCGCCCCGCUCGCGCACCCCAUGCACACCGUCAACUACACACCGCUCCACGCGCGCCACUCCGCAGGCGCCCUGCUCGCCGACGCCGUCACCACGCUGCUCCCCACCAUCUCCACGCUGCUCACCAAACUCGUCCACAUCACGGACACGGUGCAUGUCGACGCCAUCACGCUGGACGCCAGGCACAGGCUCGUCCCGCUCGUCGCGGCUGUGGGCAAGGCGCUGGACAGCGUCGUGAGUGUGCAGGCUCCGGACGUGCAGGGUGAGGUGGCCAAAAUCGGCACGCUCGCGGCCAAGGCCGUCGAGGCUCUGCCCUAA